GGAGAGAGCUGGGGCUGGUUUGAAGGAAGCUGCAGCAGGCUCGUGUCCAGUGGAAGAGAUGGUGAAGUUUCUUCAGGUCACUUGAAGAUUGAGCCGUCCUACUAGCUGUCUUGCCAUUUGUCUGUGGUGGUAUUAGCUGCCUGGCAAACAGUAGCUCCACGGACGUGACGUUGUCUUGUUUGUUUUUUAAUGUCAUGCAGUCAGACUUUAGGACUGUUGCCAGGGGGAUGGGAAAUACUUUCCCUCCCUUCCUGAAGCCUGUGUAGAACCAGAGGAUAGGUUUCCUGCUGUUUUUAAUCUGCCCUGAAGUACAACCUGUCUUGAAACAACUCAUCUGUUUUAUAAGCAGAGAAUACCGUAGUGCCUGGAAUGGGGUAGCACUGGCCCUUGGCAUCAUUGUUCUUCUGGUCCUACAGAAGUCUGCCUGCUGCAAGGCUGGCCAUAAGCCACUUCUGUGCUACUGGGCCUCCCUUCUGCUUGCCCUGUGCCUGCACUGGUGCUCAGCAUCCUGGAGCAAGCCGACAGGUCUGUAGGAAGCAGAAUGUAGUCAAGAGCCAAUGCAGAAGUCUGUGGGCCUCUCUGGGUCUUGCUUCUUACGCUUAUUCCCUGGGAUCUACAUGAAGAAAUUAGAAGCCCUCAUUCUUUUGGGAAGCCAAACAUCUGUGGACCAUAGUAAUAAUGCUUUCCAGUCAGUAGCAGUAGGUUUCAUUGCUGGACCUGGAUGUGCCAAAAUAGGCAAAGAUAUUGAGUAGACUGUUGGAUGAUGGUAUUUGUUGCUUGCAUAUCAUCUCCUGGACCGUGCUUAUGUGUGACUGCUACCGUAGCCCAAGAUUUAUCGCUUCCAGUGUAGCCCAUACACAAGAAGAAAGUGGCUGCUGGUUCCUUAUAAAGUGCUAACUCUCUUGGUGCAGGGCCUCGCUGGCUGCAUGACUUGAAUCCCAAAAGUCUGUCCUAAAAUGUGCUUUUGUCUGACUGUGAAGCUUUAUCUGGGUUUGAGAAACAUUUUGUGGUAUUGUAUGUCUGCGCAGAGAGGAGAUUAUACUGCAGUGAAUGAGUACUUUCCUUUCCUUUCCUGCUUUUUUUCCUUCAUCCGAGUUAAUUGUUGUCUCCUGAAUUGGAAGCCUGCUUGAAAUGUUCCUGAGAUCCUUGUUAGUAAGGUUCAGAAGGAGUGAAGAGAACGACCAGGGCCAGAGAACAGAGAAACACAAUAGUCUUGGAGACACAUUUUUCUUUCUGUGUGAGGUCAAAAAGCAUGUGAAUAUCUUCUAGUUAUUUGCUUUAGAUCUAUUUUGCCAAAGGUUGAGCAUUGGUAGGUGCUCCCACAAUUCAGAUUGAUGUUACUAUUCUCUUUUAUCUUGCUUCUGUUCAAAUAGUUGCAUCAAGAGAUAAUCCUUGCAUAGCAUGACGGUUUUCCUUUCCCUCUUUAGAGGUUAGUCUGCUCAAGCCAAGCUGUGAGCCAGAGUGAAAUUAUACCAAGAGAUUUUGCUGUUUGGAAAGUUUCUUCCCUCUCUUGAGAGCAGUAGGUUCUGUUUCCUGAGCCCAGUGGGCUUGGGAGCCCCUGCCUUAGCCAGAGGCUUUCCAGGUGCCAUUGGCCUUGGAAUUGGUUUCUCUAAAGCAAAAUUGUGUUCAUUACAGCCUGCGUUUGUGACUCCAGUGCCACUGUCAGAAGAGCGAUGACUAGAGACCAUAUGCUAAAAGGGUGCUGGUUCCAUGAGAUCCUACUGGCAAAACAGGAGGACGUGGUGUGCUGUGGUUCUGUUGCAGUGAGUGGGGGGGAAGUGGCAUUAAAAAACAGCCAAACAAAAAACCAAAACACCCAAAACAGAGUGGAGAAGCUUAGCUUUCACUUGAUGUUGAGUUUAUCUUCCACUGUCAGACCCUCAGCUUUAUUGUAUGCUUCUGUUGUGUUGGUGCUUGAUGGGUCCUAGCCCUGUUUACAGAGAUCUGUGUGCAGCAAUUAUCUUUGCUUGGCAGCUGCUCCGGGUGCUGUUUGAGAGGCAGUGUUCAGCAACACGUGGUAGAUAUCUUCUGAGAGGUACAAAACGGGGACCUUUGCCAUUGGAGGGAGGCCAACACACAGGCAGUGGUACACUGCUCUUCAGGAGAGUAACAAGACCAGUUUUGAGGACUUGAGUCCAUACGGCUCCUCUCCUGUAGGCAGUAGGAGCCUUGUCAGCCACGUGGUGCUCGGUACCUGGGCAUAACGGUGGAGCUACAUUCAUCUUCGAAGUGUUCCUCCUGCAUCCCCCAGUCUUCCUAGAAAGGAGGAUUUGUGUGAGGUGGAAGCCAUUCUUUGCUGGUUUUACCCCAGUGACUAUUACAACAGUGGUCCCACACAGAUUGGUGAGAACACUGCACUGCUGAGAGAGUUUUGGAGUGUUGUGUAAUUAAACUUCAAUUUUUUUUUCCCUUCCUAAACAUCUUUCUAAACUUGGUGGCAGGCUAGAUGCUGGGGUAGAGUGCAGAGGAGGAUUUCUCUAUGGAAGUUUCCUCUUGCAGACUUUUUAAGCUGUGGUAGGAAGAUGACUAACUGUGGGUACUCCCAGACAUUUCCCUUUGGACACACCUUAACACACACUUUCCAAGAAGAGGAUCAUGCCACCUUUCCAAUAUGGGUGGAGAGAAAAUUUAAAGGGAGACAGGACUGCUGGGUCUUGAUGUCUGUAACGCCAUCCCUCCUGGUAUCCCAGUGAGGAACUGUAACACAGCACUGUCCUGGGGUGAUUUAUGCUGUGCUGCUAACUGAAGUUUCUUCAUUUCUUUGUCCUCUGUCAGCAGAUGUGCGUUAUUUGUAGACAGUAGAGGCUGUUGCCUAUUUUUACACUCAAUUAAAUUGUAACGUCAUCGCUGGGGCCUCUGCUGCAAGAACUAUGAGUGAGGCAAUGAUCCAGACUGAUUAAUUAUCAGCUUAAUAUCUUUGGCAGAGGCCUUUUGGUGCUGUUGUGGAGCAUGAUCAGCGUACUGCUGCACUUUGUGAUGAGAGGAAAAGUUAGGGGGUUGCUUGUAUGCUGUUCCCUUCGUUAAGCUUGUUUAGUAACAGGAUUAACCUUGGCUGCACGGACUGGCAUAUGUGAUUAAGAGGUCCAGAGUAAAUUAUCUGUAGCGCUUCUUGGACAUAAGCCUCUGCAGAAAUACAACAAACUAAUAUUAUUCUUGUUACUGAUAUAGAAAUGAGUGGGUUGGGCAUUUUGUUUCUUUUCAGAGAGACUGGUAGCCUGCAAAAUUUGGCUUGCGGUAUUUUUUCCUUGUUUUGUUAAUGAACAAGUCAUAAAUACUGUGGAAGGAUAAAAAUGGAAAAGAAAUAGUUUCUGCUGCUGAAUCAGCUUGACAGAAGUCCAUCAGCCCAUUUGAGAAACCAGAAGUCUCUUUAGACAGUUGUAUUCAUUGUAACCACAGUAAGCUACUGGCUGAAGGCUUUUUCCAAACAAGAGCUUGUUUCCAGGGCCCUUCCUGAAAUGAAUGUUUAGUUUUGUUGGCAAGAUUCCUACAAAUCUCUUUCUGAUAAGUGGGUCUUGAAAUGCUGAAGUUGCAAAUGUGGAGGUUGUGUCAUCCCUGCUACAGGCGUCUGUGAUCUGAAAAUACACUUGCUAAAUGUUCCUCUGCUGCGGUGGGUGUGCGUGCAGCAGGGUGGAGAGUGCUUCCUAGUAAGGCUUGAAUGUUCAGAGGGUGCUGCUGCCAGUGAAUGGUUGGGGGAGCCACCUGCUUCUCUCCUAGAAGCCUUUUGGGCAUUGCCCUCUUAUCUCUUCACCCUGUGUUGGUGGGAUAAAACCACCAACCACCAAGGUCACUUUGUUGCUGGGGAAGUUGAGCAGAGCAUCUCUCUUGCCUGUGUAGGUCCUUAUUUAACCCUAGUCACUGUACACACUGGCUGCCAAAAAUCAAUGACUUGCUUGAUGAUGUUUGUUUGCAGAGACUGUAAAUAACAUACAGUGGAAAAACAACCAAACUGUAGGGUGUACAUUAGCUGUUGGCUAAUAACUUAUUACAAAUACCUUUCGGACUUAGUUUGUGUAAGCUAAACUUCCUCUUUGUUUUCUAUAUAGGUAAUAAUGUAUUAAGGUUCCCCAAACCCUGCUGGCACUAUACAUAUUAAUGUGUAGAGUUACUGAGCUGCAAUGAUCACAGCAUGUUUAGACAAGAAGGGUCUGUGAAAAAUGGUGCUGUGACAGUGAUGAAUAUGGUUUGGGCUGCAAAAUGCACUUCAGACACUUCCUCCAUGCCCAGCAAUUGCCCCGUAGUGAGCUCCCUGGCCUGCUGCCCUGAGAAACUGCACUGCACUUCUGGUGUGUCCUUGCAUCUUCUGGUACGUCUGUGGCUGGAGUUCCCGGAGAAGUGAAAGGCCUGAGAUGUCUUUCAUAAACGUUGAUUUUUCCACUGUUCCUGCUAAGGACAGCAGGAGCUGGUGGGCUUUGAAUGCUUCUGAAAAUUUCCCCCCAGCACUUUGUCAUGUGCAAAGCUUGUGACGAUGCCUGGAGUUUUCUUUCUGCACUGCUUACCUGGGCUAUUGCUUUUAACCACAGGCUGGUUUCCCACUUCAUCUGAAGCGUGUGUGAAAGUGGAUGACUUAACGUGUGCUGCUUUUAAAUGCAGAGAUUGGAAAACAAAGCCUGUUUAAAGCAAUACUUGUCACGCAAGGAAAUGCAACAAACGCCUUCCUGAAGUAUCACAGAAAAUUGCUUUUUGGACAAACCGGGGACUUUCACAAAGCUCAGCUGGGCUUGGCAGUCAGAACAGCUGUAACAGCUGGGGAUGGCCAGCCCUGGGGUCUGGUGAAUGCUUGAACCAGGGGAGCUAUGUGAGCUGAGGCUGCUGGACUGCCCGGUGCCUUGAGCCCCUCCAGGGGAAGGUGGCCCAUGCUGCAUGCAGCUGUAGCUUGAGUCUCUCAAAUGGCAGAUAGUUCAGCUUUCCUCCCCUCUCCCUGCCUUGCUCCAGCCAGUCUUCCAGCAAGCAUCUGGAAACUCAGAUUUCACGUUGUGAGGUUAAAAGAGGACUGCAAGAGAAACGAUGGGAGGUGCUGAGGACUCAAGGCGUUGACAAAGGCAGUCAAUUUGGUACAGGCUUGACAGGAGGUAGAGUCCUGUGGGCAGACCAAAAUGAAAGGGGCUGAGAGCAGACAGUGGAGACUGCUUGGAAACUAAAAGGCUGGUAGGGUGGGUGCUGGGGUUUUUGAAAUUGUAGUCGGGCUCAGAAGAGGAAUCAGGCAGGCAGGUGUCUAAACAGCCUGUAAAUGAAGGUAUGCUGCCCUGGAGCUACGGAAAUGGAGUGGAGUCUCCUGCUCUGCUGCUGCUUUCAGAGCUUCUCCACUCACCCAGGUAAUUGCUGCCUGCGCUUGUCCAGGCCUGGGCCUUGAGUUUAGGAGUGACUUCUAGCAUGCAGGCUUUUAUGUGGUAGGUCUGCUUCUGUCUGACUUCUGUUUCAACAAGAGGAUUUAGAGUCAUUCACCGUUCUGGGUCUACCCAGGGUUGAAACAUCUGGCUGUUCUCAUGUUUGUUCUCUGCUAGUGGUUUGGCAUCUCUGCUAAACAAGUGCCAGGCAGCUGCUGGUGUCAGCACGUGUGUUGCACAGCCACCAAAGUUCCUAAUGCGGCUCUGUGGUGCUGUAUGUUUGUGGGACACUUCUCCGCAGUAUCCUGUGCUUGUACUGUGGAUAUACCACCUUGUACGUGCUUUCUAAGGCCUGGGAGCCAGUGGAGCAGAUCAGCUAAGGCUGGAGGUAAACUCUCAAGAUUGUAAAAAGCAUCACAGUGCAGCACCUAUAGCAAACUUAGGAAGAUGAGCAUUUGGCCUGGACUUCACUGGUGUUGAUUCCCAUGAUAAUCCAGAAAGCUUUAGCCACCUGAUAAUGGCACUCUUUUAAUGCAUGUGUAGAAAUUGGUUGGCCAGUGUUGCAUUUUUGACCUGAGAUCUGUCCUUUUUGCCCUCAAAUCAAAGGUGAAUUUUUUGGGGCACUUUUCAGCUGUGGGGUUGAAUUGCAGGUCCCAAAGUUGUUUUGCUCUCAUCUCUCUGUUCAGACUAGAGCUGCUCAUGUGGGCAUAGCUGCUAUAAAGGGCCAAGUUAAAUGUGGAAAUGAUUAAGGCUCUAAGAUAGUAGUGUGCCAGCAUCUGCGUUGCGUGCCGCCGUUAAUCCCAAGAGCCUGAAAGGAACAUAAAGACCCAAGCCACAAUAUAGGAGAUCUGCUUGGUUAAACAGAUGCACACUCAGAAGGAACUGGCAAACUCUGUUUACUUGGUUAUGGAGUACUGUAAUGGUGGUGACCUGGCAGACUACCUUCACACUAUGCGGACACUUAGUGAAGACACCAUCAGGCUCUUUCUCCAGCAGAUAGCAGGUGCCAUGAAAAUGCUGCACAGCAAAGGCAUCAUCCAUCGGGACCUGAAACCGCAGAAUAUCCUCCUUUCCUAUGCUGGAGGCAGGAAAUCAAAUCCCAACAACAUUCGCAUAAAGAUCGCUGACUUUGGGUUUGCCCGAUACCUGCAGAAUAAUAUGAUGGCAGCUACAUUGUGUGGUUCACCAAUGUACAUGGCACCGGAAGUCAUUAUGUCUCAACACUACGAUGCCAAAGCUGACCUCUGGAGCAUAGGAACCAUCAUUUAUCAGUGCUUGACAGGAAAGGCUCCUUUUCAGGCCAGCAGUCCACAGGAUCUUCGCCUCUUCUAUGAGAAAAACAAGAUGCUGAUGCCGAACAUCCCCAGGGAAACGUCAAGCCACCUGAGGCAGCUGCUGCUGGGCCUUUUGCAGCGUAAUCAUAAGGACCGCAUGGACUUUGAUGAAUUUUUCCAUCACCCGUUCUUGGAUGCAAGUGCCUCUAUGAAAAAAUCUGCUUCCGUGCCAAUGCCUUCUUAUCCCAGUUCAGGCUCCGGUAGUUCCUCCAGCAGCUCUUCUACUUCCCACCUGGCAUCGCCUCCUCAGUCCCUUGGAGAGAUGCAGCAGCAGCUGCAGGAGAAGGCGAUGGCAUCUCCUACCCAGGAUUCCCCCGGCUUUCUGCAUGGAUCUAAGGACUCUGCUGGAAGCAGCAGUAAGAAUUCAUCCUGUGACACAGAUGACUUCGUUAUGGUUCCAGCACAGUUCUCAAGUGAUUUAACUGCUGAGGCUGCAGGAGGGAAACCAAUCCAAGACAGCCUGAUGUACAGCGGGAGUUCUCUGGUGACUUCAGCAGGCUUGGAAAGCCAGGGAAGGACACCAUCUCCUUCACCCCCGUACAGCAGUUCUCCUAGCCCAUCUAGCCGGCCAGGUCAAUUUUCUAGCAGCAAGUACGGACACUCUGUGCCCAUUCCGGUCCCAACGCAAAUUCAUAACUACCGGCGGAUUGAGCAGAACCUGCAGUCUCCCAAUCAAUACGCAUCUCCGCGGUCUGGUACAGUCCGGAGGUCUAGCAGUACAAGUCCUCUUGGUUUUCCUAAAACUGGUGCUUCCCCUCCUUAUCCUGGAGAGCAUGGAUCUGUGCCCAGCUCUAGAAAGCUCUCCUUUGGCGGUGCCAAGCCGUUUAUGCCAUCGCCGCAAGUUGGAACAAUCCCAGAGCAGCCCAGCCAGACUGUUACCCCGUCUAAUCUUGGAGCAGAAGUGAGAAGCAGGAUUCCUGUCACUGGUUCCUCGGCGCCCGAACACUCUCCUCGAGGGAUGGGCUCCCGGCUCCGCAGUGCUCCCAACCUGUCAGAUUUGCAUUCCUGCAGGCAGAAGAUAACCAAGCAGCACUCUGAUCCUCUUGUUGCUCACUUCGGUCAUACCCCAAUCAGCCAGCCUCUGCAGAUCCAUGGCUUACAGCACUGCCGGCAGCUCAGAUCCUCACCGAAGCUGUCUGAGUUCAUGCAGAGAAGCCCUUUGCCAACUAUAAUGGGCUCCCCUACAAAGGCUGUGUCCCCAUUUGAGUUUCCCAAAACCCCAAGUUCCCAGAAUCUCCUCACCCUCUUGGCCCAUCAGGGGGUCAUGAUGACUCCAACACGGAACAAGACCUUGCCAGAUCUGAAGGAGAUGGGUCAUUUCCACUGCCAGCAAACUGGCUUGGGAUUGAGGCCUGUGGAAGAGAUCAAGGGCAGAUCUCUGAGCACAGGCAGGCUCACUGACCUGCUUCUGAAGGCAGCCUUUGGGGCACAGAUCUCAGAAGCUGGCAGCAACGACAGCCUGAACAAUGAGAAGCCAAUGGAAAUUGCAGCUCCCUCAGGUGCUUACGGAGGGACCCUGCACUCUGGUGCCCGGGCUGGGGGCUCUGCCAGCCCAUCCCCAGUGAUUUUUACUGUCGGAUCCCCUCCCAGUGGAACAACCCCCCCACAGACCACGAGGACCAGGAUGUUUUCAGUAGGGUCUUCCAGCUCUCUCAGUUCUGGAGGCUCAUACACCGGCAGGCACUUGGCAGUGGGAACUGGUGGGGAUGCUGUGGAAGGCACCUCAAGUCUCCGGUAUGCUUUUGCUGAUCCGAUCACCGCCAACCUGGAAGGUGCUGUUACAUUUGAGGCACCAGAGUUGCCCGAAGAGACGCUCAUGGAGCAAGAGCACACCGACAUCCUGCGCAGCCUCCGCUUCACGCUGGCCUUUGUCCACUACGUGAUGGAAAUUGCCGCCCUUAAAGGCAGCUCCAGCGAGAUGAGCAGUUCAGUGACAUCUGAGUACCAGCUCCAGGAGAGCGUGGUGGCCGACCAGAUCAGCCUCCUCAGCCGGGAGUGGAGCUACGCAGAGCAGCUCGUGCUGUACCUGAAAGUAGCAGAGCUUCUGUCCUCAGGGCUGCAGAUGGCCAUAGAGCAGAUCAAAGCUGGCAAGCUGUGCCUCUCCUCCACCGUCAAGCAAGUUGUGAAGAAGCUGAAUGAGCUUUAUAAAUCCAGCGUAUCAUCCUGCCACUGCCUCAACAUGAGACUCCAGAGGUUCUUCUUGGACAAACAGAAACUCAUGGAUCGGAUCAACAGCAUCACCGCAGAGAAGCUCAUCUUCAGCUAUGCUGUGCAAAUGGUGCAGUCUGCAGCCCUGGAUGAGAUGUUCCACCACAGAGAGGACUGCGCACAGAGGUACCACAAGGCUCUGCUGCUGAUGGAGGGGCUCCUGAACAUCAUCACUGAACAGGGGGACAUAGAAAACAUCAAUAAAUGUAAACUGUGCAUCGAGCGCAGGCUGUCAGCUCUGCUGUCGGGGUUCUGUGCCUGAUUUCAGUGUUGUUGUUCACACAUCUCGCCCCAGCCGAUCACUUUGUUUCCAACGGCCUGCUGCUGUGGUGGGAAACGAUUUUGGCAGUAGGAGACCUGGAGGGUGAACUGCUCAGUGUUUUGUAUUUUGACAUUUUGGGAAGUUGUUUCACAGACUUGGAUUCCUUUGUGGGGAUGUGUGACUGCAGCAAGCACAAAUACUUCCCUGCCCAAAGGCCUCGGCGAAGACGUAGCCGAUCUGGAAAGGUUCCCUCGUUGGCAGAGGGGAUGAAGGAUAGAAGUCUGCUUCUUCCCAGCACUUUGAAGGAUAAGACUGCUGCCUAUCCCUCUUGCUUAAGAACAGGGUAUUCCAGUGCUGUGUCCAUUGCAGGCAAUGGAUGUGCUGAAACUGCUGGCUUCAGUUAACGUCGGAGGGUGUCAUUCAGAAAUCAAGGCCAGUUUGUGUACUUUCCCCUAUCCUAGCUGAGAGCCAGGCAUCUUCAAGCUUCCUGGCAACCCGAGGCUCCCCUCCUUUCUCUCCUUUGGCCCUUUUCAUACAUGUUUAUGCCUUGGAGUGCUUACAGAAUGGCAGAGAGGAGGGAGUCGGCUCCCUUUUGCCUGAGCGUUGCUGAAGCAGCUCCCACCUCCUACAGACUUACCAAGCGAGGCAGAGAACACGCUGCUGCUGGGGAAGUUUGCAUCUCCCGUGGCUGCCGUGUGGACUGCCUCUCUGCCUGGAUGGGCGAACGACACAGGGAAAGAGACUCUGCGCAGGAAACAGGAGGACAACAGAAAGUGUAACGCUCCUGUGUUUGUGAAAAGCCAAAAUGAAUCCGUUCCUUCUUUGGUCCCCGAGUGCAGCGGGAUUAACAUGAAAGACUCCUGGCUGUUCAGCUCGGCCUGUCAGUACAUAUCUACCAGGAGGAAGCACUAGCGCUGUCCUGCUUUCAGCUGUUGGCUCAAUGACCCCUUUCCUGGAGCCCUCACCACCCCCCAGCCCCCCAGACUGAAAACACUAGCUUUGUGAAUCAAAGGAGCACUUUACACACUAUGGGAACUUUGAGAAGUUGACUUUGCAUCACACAACAACCCAGGAACAUCACGACUGUUAGGAAUGCUGUUCUCUUUAUUCCUUUCCUUGCUUCCUGGUUGUUUUAUUGCACUACGUGUGUGCGUAUAUUAAUAUGUAUUCCUAAGGGUGAAUAUAUAUUGAUAUAUAUAUAUAUGGUUUGUGUGUAACUGUACGUAUUUAACUGUACUGUAUCUUGUGAGUGUGAGGCAAAAAGCACUGCAGAGUCUGUGCUGUUCCUCCUCCACACCAGGCAAAGCUGACUUGCAGUCUGGCAGUACCAAGAUGUGUUUUGUUUUGGUUUUUUUUUUAUUUAAAUGUUCUUUUAAGGACAGUCAAUAUAAAGCUCCGUGCUUUUUAAGAGCUCAAGAACAGGCGUUAAGAUCCUACACACUUACAAUUGGAAAUGCAUUUUUUUAAGAAGUUUUAUUUGCUGCUUCAUUUUUUUUAUAAAGAAAUCUUGUAGUGUUCAUUUUUAUGUUCAGCAUUUCUUUUAGGGAGACUCUGUAGCCAAAUGAGACUGUGGGUGCGAGUGGCUCGAGUUCCGGUUGAGGCUUUGGAUGCUGUGAGCAUGUGCGUGAGAGGAUAGCUGGCUGCCUUUCCGUCUGUCUGCGUGCGCAUGUGUGUGUCUUAAUUUAUCAGAGUUGUGGCAGUAUUUUGUUAGCGCUGGGCAGGAAAGUAUCUUUGAAAGCAACUCGAAACCUCAGGCUUUGUUUUUGGGGAUCUAAAAAUAUUUUGCACAUGGUGGUUAAGUCCUCAUUGCUUUUUUUCUCUCAAUAAUGGCACGUUCAGUGUGAUACUUUACAAGGGUUUCAGGAGCAACUUAAUUGGCUUUGGAGCUGGUGUCAUCUUUGGCAACAUGGGUGUUUCUGAUCACAGAGCAGAAAUGCCAAUAAAGAAAUUUAAAAAUAUUUCCAAUUGCCCCAACCAGGGAAGUUUAAGUGUAGCUUUCACAAAUGCUUCAGUAUUGGGCUGCUGUUACAUCGUACGUUCACAGCCUGCUGCUUCUGUGGCCGUUUGUGCUUGUGCCUGGGAAAAAAAGAAAAAAAAAAAAAAAAAAAAGACAAAAACAACCAACCAACCCCCCCAGCCUGUGGACAGAAAUGCCGAGGAGACCCAGACUGCUUCCGAAAGGCUUUUACCAGUUCUGCAAAGGGCUAUGCUGCAGGUGGGAGCGGUGCACCGGGAGGCAGCACGAAAGCACUAAGCCAGGACUGACUCUGCAAUACAGACACCUGCUACGCACCCCGAACCCUCCCGGCAAACCCCGAGCGUCCACCGAGGGCCUCCUGCCAAGGAGAAGCACAGCCCAGGAUCCAUGUCUCUGCCGCAGGUGUAACGAUCUAUGUGUGUGGCAAGCUCAGCACUAACCUUCCAGCUGUACUUAAUUACUUGAAUGUAUCAAAGUUGUCCACAUUCAAUGUAUACAAGUAUAUAUUGCUCCAAAAAAUUGUGGUUUACAGACCUACAACCAAUAUAUAUGUAUGUGUUUGUGUAUAUACAUACAAGGAUAUGUGUGUGUAUGUGUGUGUAUGUAUAUAGAUACACACACAAACACAAACAUGUGUAUAUAUAUAUGUUUUCUCUCAAUACUUGAAACUUAGCCACUGUGCUUGAAUUAAAAAAAAAAAAAACCACAAAAAACCAUACAAAAAACCCCCCCAAAAUGGGGGAGGAAAAAGAAAAAAAAAAAACAAAUCAGACAGGUGAUUUAUUUUGCCAUCACUUUGACUUUUUUAUCUAACUGCAUGUAGCGUGAAACCAACUUUUUUGGUGAAAAAUAUUUAUUGCUUUGUAGACAAUAAGGUAUGCAAAAAAAAAAAAAAGAAAAAAGAAAAAACCCCAAAAACCAACCCCCCAACCAUUGUUGAAGUUGCUAGUGUAGUCCACCUGCUAUUGUCAUGGCUUUGUUACUGUUGCAGCGUUUGUGUCUAGCGUCUUUAAUAGAUUUCAAGAAACCUCAGUCUAAUAAACAUGUAUCUUCAGGUUUGUGAGAGCGUAUGAUGAUGUUCUUUAUAAGGUAAUGCUUGAUACUUUGUCAACAUUUUUUAUUUGUGUUUUGUGUGACUUUUUUUUGGCUUUAAAUUGUACAACACCAAUUUAAGAAAAUAAAAUUGAUUUGAAAUUGUUA